AGCCCAGACCAAAAUCUAGGAAUCCAGUCGAUCUUCGACCGCUCGUUCUUCUGCUCUCUUCGUCACUCCAGCUCUUGCUCUUCCCGCUCUAUCUCAUACCAUAUCCACAGCAGAACAAAGGCUAAUCCAAAUGGCUCUGCUCGUCGGGGUGGCUACACAUCUCCGCCCGCGAUGCCCUAAAACUGAUUUUCCUUCUUCCUCAACCUUAAAGGACCUUUGUUCCUCUCAAUCGCACCUUUCACCUUACCUCCCUUCCCGCCGAUUACUGCCUUGUCUCUUUUACUCCUCUACCCGACAUCCUCGAUUGGUUACCGUCUCAGCCGCGGCCAUCUCGGUUGAGAAGACGGAGAAGGAUCGAUUCCCUGUCACGGUCACCGAGACAAAGCAGCCACGCUCGAGUGUUAGGUUAUGCAUAGAAGUUCCUCCGAACAGUUGCAAGGAGAGUUACAACAAGGUUUUACGUGAAUUUUCAAAUCAGGCGAAGGUUCCUGGGUUUCGCCCUGGGAAGAAAAUUCCGGAGAACAUAUUGAUAAAUUACGUGGGUCUGCAUAAUAUUCAGCAGGCUGUAAUUGAAGCAAUUUUGAAGAAAACACUUCCACAAGCCAUGAUAUCGGUGGAAGGAAGGGCUUUGAAGGAUUCUGUUCGAAUUGUGACUAAAUUUGCGGAGAUGUAUGAUAGCUUUUCCCCGGAGGAUUAUUUCAGAUAUGAUGUUUUAGUUGAUGUAGUUCCUGAGAUCAAAUGGUUGGCGGAAGCCAAGUAUAAGAAUUUGAAGAUCAUUGUUCAAAUUGACAAGACUAUUACUGCUGAAAUAGCUUCUGAAAUAGAGUUCAAGCGCCGCUAUAAGGCCCAAGGAUCUUUGAGAAUUGUAACUGAUAGAGGUCUUCAGAUGGGAGAUCUUGUGGUGCUAGAUAUUUUGGCUGCUAGAAUUGAAGGAGAUUUGUCUAUAGGUGAAAAAAUUCCAUCAGCAGAGAGAAAAGGGUUUCACUUGGACACAGAAGAGAGUGACAACCUCCUUCCUGGGUUUCUUAAUUCAAUACUAGGAAUUAGGCAAGGCGAAACAAAAUCAUUUUCUCUUCAGUUUCCAGAAUCAUGGGAACAAGUAAAUCUCUGUGGCGUUCAGGCUCAAUUUACUGUGGAGUGCAAAGAACUAUUCUAUAGAGAUCUACCUAAACUGGAUGACUCUCUUGCAGAAAAGCUCUUUCCUGGAUGCAGUAGUUUGAGUCAGGUGCGGGAAUCAAUACUACAAAGAUGCAGAGAAGUAGAACAAACUGCAAUUGAACAAGCAACUGAUAAUGCAAUUCUAGAACAACUGUCUAAGAUUGUUGAAGUGGAUAUACCUCAAUCCUUAUUUGAAGAGCAAGGAAGACAGCUUUAUGGAGCCAGACUUCUGCAACUUCAGGCUGGGAGGAAAGUUAACGAACAACAACUGUCAUCUCUUUCAAGUGAAAAGGCGGUAAAUGAGUAUCUUGAGAACCAAAAGGAGAAUAUAACUAGUAUAAUAAAACAGAUGUUGGCGGUUGGUGAAAUUUUCCAAUGUGAAAAUCUUGAGUACUCAACUGACGAACUAGUCAAAGAGGUUGAGAAUUCCGUGGAGGAGUUCAAGCGCCAUAAUCAAGAGUAUGAUGAAGCAAAUGUCAGACAGCAGGUGCAGGAUGUCCUCGAGGGAGCGAAGGUUCUUGAAUGGUUGCGAGAGAAUUCUGAUAUCCAGUAUGUUUUCAGAUGAGAAUAGAUCAGACUGUAAAUGGUAGUUCCUCACUUGUAAGAAUUUUAAUUCUUCCUUCAAUGAACUAUUGGUGGCAGUUUUGGUUCCUUUUUGCCUUUAGAUCUCCACAAAUGGCGAUCUUCUGUUUAUUGCGUCAGUCUUCCAGUAAUUUAUUAUGAUGUAUCAUUAAUCUCCUACCGUUUAUUUUUUUCACUCCUAUCUUGUUCACAUUCUCUUGAAUGUUGACUUGUAAUGUACAACUCUGAUGGAUGA